AUGCCGCGGCAACUGGGCACGGUGACUUUCAGCAGUGGGGUUUUGGCUCUGGCCCCGAACGCGUCCGAGAGGCACGUCCCAUGUCAUUAUGGGAACACAGUCUCCGGUGGCUGCAGCAAUGACAAGACCGCAGUCAGCAGUCACCUCUCAGGGCGCAAAACUUUGGCACGACUGAUACUGAUCGACGUGACCGAAUCCGAACGCGUUCCGUUUGAGGAUCAACUUCUUGAAGAAGCAAGCAAUUCAGGACGCAGGACUGGCAGAUUGUACUGUAGGGUUGGCAUUGGUUUCCAUCUCCAGAUUCACCCAGAUGGCAGAGUCAACGGAAGUCACGAACCCGAUCAGUUAAGUGUGCUGGAGCUCUUUGCGGUUUCUCAAGGGGUUGUGGGAAUUCGAGGAGUUUUUAGCAACAGAUUUCUAGCCAUGAACAAAAGGGGGAGGCUACACGCCAUCGAGAAAUUCACAGAUGAUUGCAAGUUCAGGGAGCGGUUUCAGGAGAACAGCUACAACACGUACGCCUCGGUGACACACAAGAACCACCGGAGUGGGCGGGAGUGGUUCGUGGCGCUCAACAAGAGGGGCAAGGCCAAGAUGGGCUCCAGCCCCCGCGUGAAGUCCCAACACGUCUCCACGCACUUUCUGCCCAGGUUCGGCUCCCAGGACAGGACCGAGCGGGGCUUCACCAUCACGGACAAGAGCAGGGAGAGGAGAAAAGACCCCCCGCUGGCGCCGCCCAAACCGUCCCCGCCGAAGAUCAAUGUCAACGCCGGACAGAAGCCCGCUCAAACAGUCAAAUACUGGCCCAAGUUUCGGUUUGGAUAG